UUCGUUAAAGUGUAACUGUUCAAAGGCCGAAGUGAAAAUACAAUGCCGCAUUCUGUAACUUUAGCGUGGAAACCCCUACAGGAUGCCGCUUUAUCAGGGAAUUUAACUCUACUGGAAUCGUUAUUGAAAGGGGGUAAUCCCGAUGCGGUUGACGAAUUAGGCAGAACAGCUCUGAAUUCCAUAUGUUUGCGUACCAAGUUGAUGAAGAUCGACUUGAAAAUGAUUCAACUUCUUAUCCAGUAUGGAGCCGACGUAAAUACAGGAGAUGAAGACGGUAACAGUCCGAUGAUGAAUCUGUUUGGUAAAGAAUCUAAUGAUAUGCGAGUACGCAUUGAGGCAUUGAAAAUACUUUUGAAAAACGGAGCUGACGUCACACGUGCCAACCACAUGGGUAGAACUAUAUUCAAAAAAAUUAUUCUUUGCGAUCCAACAAAUCCAGACACUGCAGUGGCACUUGAACUGCUUUUGAAAAACGGCGCUGAUCCAAACACGAUAGUUGUUAAUGAAUUUGACGAGACGGUUCUUCAUUUUAUAUGUAAUCUACCCAAGUUUACAAGAGUCCAAUUGAAAAUGAUUCAAAUUCUUUUAAAAUAUAAAGCCGACGUUAAUAUCAAAGAUCAAGAUGGUUACACACCUAUUAUGGGCUCAUUUCGUAGAACAGAAGAUUAUAAUUCACGCUUGAAAGUUUUCAAGUUACUACUGGAAAAUGGAGCCGACGUCACUCUUGUCAAUAAUGAGGGGGAUACAGUACUACAUAAUAUCUAUUUUUAUAGUGUAAAGAAUCAAAAUUUUAUAGCAAUAGUUGAACUCUUGUUAAAAAGUGGAGUAGGCGUAAAUAUUCAAAAUGAAUAUGGUUAUACAGCGCUUCAUAUAGUAGUUAAUUACUGCAGAGAUAUGAGGAGAAUCGAGCUGCUUUUGAAAAAUGGUGACGAUCCAAAUAUCGUUCAUAACAAUGGCGGUACACCUCUGCAUACCAUAUGUUGUCGAACUGAAUUGACGGAGGUUCACUUGGAAAUCAUUCAACUUCUUAUCCAGUAUGAAGCCGAAGUUAAUAUCCAAGAUAAAAACGGUCGCAGUUCUAUUAUAAAUUUGUUUCGAGAUACAAAAAAUUACAAAUUACGCUUUGAAAUUUUCAAGAUAUUACUGAAAAACGGAGCCGAUGUCACACUUGUCGAUCACGGGGGUCAUACAAUAUUACACAAUAUUUUUUUUCACAAUACAGAGGAAAAUACGAUCGUUGUAGAAGUUAUUGAGUUGUUGUUAAACAUUGGAAUUGACGUAAAUAUUGAAAAUAAUGACGGCGAAACUGCAUUUUAUGUAGCGGUUACGCAUUGUAAGAAUAUAAAAGCGAUCGAGCUGCUUUUGAAAAAUGGCGUCGAUCCAAAUAGGGUUGAUAUCAACAAGGGCUGGACAGCUCUACAUUCCAUAUGUUCUCCACAUCAGUUGACGAGGUUCCACUUGAAACUGAUUCAACUUAUUAUCCAGUAUAAAGCCAACGUCAAUAUUCGAGAUAAAGACGGUUGCACUCCUAUAAUGAACUUAUUUCGUAAUGCAGAAAAUUACAAAUUACGCUUGGAAGUUUGCAAGUUAUUACUGGAAAACGGAGCCGACGUCACUCUUGUCAAUAAUGAGGGGGAUACAGUUCUGCACCUUCUCUUCAAAAACAAUGCAGAGGAAAAUCCAAUUAUUUUAGAAGCAGUCAAACUAUUCUUAGAACGUGGAGUUGAUGUAAAUAGCCGAAAUAAUGACGGUUAUUCUGCACUUCAACUAGCAGUUAGAUUCUGUAGAGACAUAAGAGUGAUCGAGCUGCUUUUGAAACAUGGCGUCGAUCCAAAUAUCGUUGAUAUCAACUGUGGCUGGACAGCUCUGCAUUUCAUAUGUCAUCAACAUAAGUUGACGAGGUUCCACUUAAUAAUGAUUCAACUUCUUAUCCAGUAUAAGACCGACGUUAAUAUCCAAAAUAAAGACGGUUGCACUCCUAUAAUGAACUUAUUUAGUUAUGCAGAAGAUUACAAAUUACGCUUGAAAGUUUGCAAGUUAUUACUGGAAAAUGGAGCCGAUGUCACUCUUAUUAAUAAUGAGGGUAAUACAGUAUUGCACCUCAUCUUCAAAAACAAUGCAGAGAAAAAUCCAAUUAUUUUUGAAGCAGUUGAAUUGUUGUUAAAAAGUGGAGUUGACGUAAAUAAACAAAAUGAAAAAGGUUAUUCUGCACUUCAUCUAGCGGCUGACCACUGUGAACAUGUGAAAAUAAUUGAUCUGCUUUUGAAAAAUGGCGCCGACCCAAACGCGCUUGAUAAAAAUGGCUUAACAGCUCUGAGCUAUAUUUGUACAAAACCAAACUCGGCAGAUCGUGACGUGACAUGUACUAAGUUGAAAGAGGUCCAUUUGAAAAUGAUUAAACUUCUCAUCCAAUACAAAGCCGAUCCUUAUGUAAAAAACCAUCAAAAUAGUAGUCCAAUAAUGUACCUUUUUGAAGGAGAUUUUUGUAUUGGUGAUGAAUUGAGUCUACGCAUGAAAAUUUUUAAAUUACUAGUGGAAAGCGGAGCCGAUUUCAGCAAUUUCGACGUAUUCAGCAAAUCAAUGUUGUUGCACCGAAUUCUUCGUUGCGAUCAUUGGGGGUAUUUGUCAGAGCAGCUAGUAAAGGGACUUGAAUUUCUGUUAAAAAAUGGGGUGGACAUAAAUAUGAAAGAUAAUAACGGUGAAACUGCACUACAUCAAGCGGUUCGCUGUACACAAACCAAACAUGUGGCAUUUCUAUUAAAAAAUGGAGCUGAUCCAAAUAUAACUGAUGUCAUCGGCAACAUACCCUUGAAUUAUACUUUCGAAAAUUUCCAUAGAUUUUUAAGUGACCAUCUACUCAGUGAACAAUAUUUAAAGAAACAUUUGGAAUUACUGAAACUCAAUGUUGAACACAAUGCAGACCCUUCCCACGUCGGUGGUGAUGGCAAAACCGUGUUGCAUUCACUGAUGGAUGAAAUACGCUCAUUAACUUUAGACUCCGAAGAAGCAGCCGAUUGGAAAGCGGUCUCAAAAUAUGUGCCACAAUAUGUUGAAAUACUGUUAAAACAUGGAUUAGAUGUGAAUGUCAAAGAUGGAGAUGGAUGUACUGCUCUCAACGAGGCGGUGUCAUACUGCAAUUACGACGUAGCAAAAAUUCUAGUGAAACAUGGAGCUGACGUUAAUACUGUCAAAUUCGAAGGUGGAUUUUUGGAAUGGGAAUGGAUGGGAUACUUAAGCCUACUGAACUUCCUGGCAAUUAUCAAACUAUGGCAGAGCAAAGGUUUCCAAAUCAAUAACCAUCAGUAUUUAACGGCAUUUAAAUUUUUGACGUUUCAUCAAGAUUUUGAAAUACACUCUGGGAUACUUGAUCUCCUUUCUAACUGGAUCCGGCAGAUUUAUGAAUUAGGUUCUGGGUCUUUGGUUAGAAAAUCCAUUGAAAUGCUUAUUCGCUAUGAUAGUUUAACUUGUACCAAUUUCGAUAGUGCCGAGAUAAAAAAAACAUUAUAUACAGAGAUUAAUCUAUAUCUAUACUUAAUAGAAUAUGGAAAUAUGUACAUGGAUAUUAAAACGCACAACUAUUUACGGAACAAGUUAAAUUCACUUGUUUCCGAAAAUCCAGAAAUUGACGAACACGAUAGAGAAUUUAGAGACAGAGAAUGCCAAUUCAUUCGAAAAGAAGUUGACUUAGCUAAAAAGAUGAUCAUUAGUAAUAAUAUUUCAUAUCUGGAUCUUUGCACUUCUAGUCCUGAUAAAACGUAUCGUUUAUUGACAAAGUGUGAUUAUGAAUCAGCAAUAAGCUCAGCAGCGUUCAGGAAAAAUUUUGAUGGUACUGGAAAAAUCGGAGGUAUUAUUCGUGGAUACAUUACUAAAGCUUUAGUAAGGAGAUUCAUAAGACAAUCGACAACUGACUCUAUCAAACUAUUGUUUCAUGGUAUUUUACCCGAUUUAUGUUGUGAUAAAAUCAUCAAAUUUUUGGACGUUAUAGACUUAGUAUCUGUAUAUGAAGCAGUUAUGAAUUGUGAAUCUUAAAUUCGGUACACAUUUUUAUGUAAUUGUUGUACGUAAGUUGUGUUAAACGAGUAAAAUAAAAAUAUCCGAAUAGUUCAACAUUUUACUAUGCAAAAUCGAUCUUACGUAUAGACGACAAGUCAUAAUUUAAAUUGACAUAGACUAUUUCAAAUAAAUUAUAUUUUUAUUUUAGAUCGAGGUUUUUACAUUUUUUAAUCGUCUUUUUAUAAUCCAUUAGUUGCGAUCCUGCAUUAAAAUAUCGUCGCUUGAAAAAUAU